ACUGCCGACAGUGGCGGGACGCGCGCGCCACGCGUGCGCUUCAGCAAAAAGUAAUGUCUACGGCGACGUUGCACGUGUUACGCUGCCGCGGUUUGAAUAAGCUUGCGCUCUCCUUCACUCGAUCGUGCCAGAAUUCGUACUUGUCUCGCGCUCAGCAGCAGCUGCCGACGAAUAUCUUCGCUAGCAACAUGUCCAGCAACUUCACGACUGUCGAGCGCGGUGCACCAAACUCACCCGACUACAGAUUAUUUUUCAAAAAUGAAUCCAGUCCAAUAUCACCAAUGCAUGACAUUCCUUUGUUUGCCGAUGAAGCAAAUAAAACUUUUCACAUGGUUGUUGAGAUUCCAAGGUGGACAAAUGCAAAAAUGGAAAUCAAUUUGAAAGAAACCUUGAAUCCGAUUAAACAAGAUGUGAAAAAUGGAAAACUUAGAUAUGUUGCUAAUUGUUUCCCACACCAUGGGUAUAUUUGGAACUAUGGAGCUUUGCCACAAACAUGGGAAAAUCCUGAGGUCCUGGAUGAAGCAACUGGUUUCAAAGGAGACAAUGAUCCAAUUGAUGUCUUAGAAAUUGGUUAUAGAGCAGCUAAAAGAGGAGAAGUUUUAAAAGUAAAGAUUUUAGGAGCAGUUGCCCUUAUUGAUGAAGGUGAAACUGAUUGGAAGAUUAUUGCUAUUGAUGUAAAUGACCCAUUAGCUGAUCAAAUGAAUGAUAUUGCAGACAUUGAUAAGCACUACCCAGGUCUACUAAAAGCUACCAUUGAAUGGUUCAAAAUAUACAAAAUACCUGAUGGAAAACCAGAAAAUCAGUUUGCUUUCAAUGGAGAAGCUAAAGCAAGAGAUUUUGCAUUACAUGUAAUUGAAGAAGUCCACAAGCACUGGCUAAAUCUCAUUAAAAAAGAAGCUAGUGCUGGAGACAUUUCAUGUACAAACGUAACACUGGCUGAUAGUUCAUUCCAAAUCACAGCCAACGAUGCUACUGAAAUUGUUGAUAAAUCAGCAGAGCCACAACCAGCUGUACCUAUUGAUCCUAUUGUCGACAAAUGGCACUACGUUCAUCUUCAGUGAAAAAAAAGGCUGCCAUUUACAGAGUUCUUAUAGAACAUAAAAACGUUUUGUGCACUUUGCCUUGCACCUUACCUCGAGAAUUUUUUUUAGUGAUUGUACAACAAUGUUAAGAUAUUUUAGAUACUGUUUCAAACAGUUUAUUUAUUGCCACUGUAGUAUGAUAUAAAACAUAAUUUUAAAAUAAGGAACAAUUUAGAAAAAGACUAUCACAAAUACAGAGAAGCUCGAUAUUUUAUCAGCAUAUUAUUUUUUUCCAUAUAAUUAAAAGAAACAGAAUAAAAAAAACAUUGCAAUUGAAUACAAAAA